UUAAAACCAAAAAGCACUAACAGAGCAGCAGAAUGGAAACAUGAUGAACGAUUCAUCAUUCGUAAUGGCAGUUUUGCAGGUUUUUUGCAUUUGUUCAUUAAAGAAUUGAAUGUGAAUGAUUCUGGAGAAUAUAAAAUUAUGGUUGAAGUUUCUGAAGACCACAGAUUUUUCUCUAAACUGAACCUGAAUAUUGAGGAUGCUGAUUGUUGUGAGAAGAGCAUCAGUCUAUCAGCUGCUGCAGGAGGAUCUGUGAACAUCAGCUGCAAAUACCCACAAUCCCACAGUGCUGAUGUCAAGUUUGUCUGCAGGAGAUCUGGAUCUGAUCUCUGUGCUGAAGAGACGUCUGUGAAGGAGAACAGAACAUGGAGCGCUGAGGGACAGAUCCAGCUGUAUGAUGACAGAGAGCAGCAGCUCCUGACGGGAACCAUCAGUCAUGUGACUCAACAACAUUCAGCUGAAUACUGGUGUGGAGUUCAGUCUGAUCAAGGACACAAGAGCUUCAUCACACGAGUCCUCAUCAGUGUUACUGAUCUUCCAAAAACAACAUCAUCUUUGCUUCCUUCAUCACCAUCAACACCAUCAUUAUUGUCAUCAUCAUCGUCUGUUUCCAACACGCCUACAUCUAACAUGUUAAAAGGUUUACCUCUGAUCAUCUCUCUGGUUCUGGUUCUUCUGGUUCUGAUCAUCAUUGGUGUCUUGUUACUGUUUCUCUAUAAGAAGCAUCAGUCUCAAGGUGGUGGUUUGUCAUCUCAGACUGGAGCAGGAAAACAUGAUCUGGUUUCUCACACUGGUUGUGAUUAUGAGGACAUUAAAGACACUCAGAAACAAUUACCCACAAACCCCUCUGAAUCAUCUAACACUGUUUAUGCCACUGCCCAAUUACCCACAAACCCCUCUGUUUCUCCUAACUGUGUUUACUCUAUGGUUCAUAAAGCCACUGGUGACUCUCAGAUAUUGAUCUCAUCUGCUGAUGAUCAUCUGCUGAAUUACACUGUGGUAAAUUUCCAGAAGAAAGCAGACUGUCCUGACAGUGUCACUUUGAGGAAUAAUCAGGAUUACAGUGAAUAUGCUGCUGUCAAUCAUCACACUGCCUGACGAGCCACAGCAGAGAAACUCAAUGAGCUUUGAGUCUUUGGCAUUAAGUAUUUUUGUUACUUACAGUCAUUCAGUGAUGCUGCUUUUCUGUAUAUUUUAGUUUGGCCAAAGUUUGAUGUAAAUACUGAAUAUUUCAGACACAAAAAUGUGGAAUGAAAUUAGAUUAUGCAGCUGUGCUCAGUUAGUUUGUUUCUUUAACUACAAACUUGUAGCUCUUGUAAAACUUUUAUUAAGGCUUAAUUUUAUGAAGCUGUUAAACUUUAGCAAAUGCAGCCACUAUUAUUAUGUUUCUUAGAACGUAAACAGUCUCAAUUAUCAAGCCGUUUUGACAGAUGGCAUCAUACUGCUCAGGCCCCAUGGCUGCUAACAGCCAGUCCCAUAUUGGCAAAUAUCCGCCCUCGGGAAGUUGUACGCUGUCCAUUUUCUCUGCGCUUGAGCAGCUGUAGCGACAACAAUGUCUGUAAGCAAUGCAGGUGUUUUGUAGUUGGAUGUAAAAUUUAACAUAAGUGUCUUCAUUUUCUCCUGAUAUCAGAGCCACUGAGGCUUUUUUAUGGCAACAUGCCAUCGAAUACACAGAAAACAAAAAACAGGGUGAAGUGAGCAGUAGUUCAUUAUCAUUUAAAGAGACAUGCUGUUUUUGACAAGGUAAAAAUAGUGUU